AUGUCUGUUUUUGGUCUUGUUCCCGGCUUCACGUCCCUCACGGCUCCUCAGGGGUCCUCUCUGAUGGGGGCAUGUCCCGCUCACCACCUGUGGAGGGCGCUGCGCACUCUGGGCCUCGUGCUGCACUACUACAUCUUCUCCAUCGGCAUCACCUUCUACAACAAGUGGCUCAUGAAGGACUUCCACUUCCCGCUCUUCAUGACGCUCGUGCACAUGUUAAUCAUCUUUGUGUUGUCGGCGGCGACGCGCAGAGCCCUGCAGAGUGUGACCGGGAAACCCCGAGUGCUGCUGAGCUGGAGGGACUAUGUGUGUAAGGCUGCCCCCACAGCUGUUGCCACGGCGCUGGACAUCGGUCUGUCCAACUGGAGCUUCCUCUUCAUCACCAUCAGUCUCUACACCAUGACCAAGUCCUCCGCCGUGCUCUUCAUCCUCUUCUUCUCCCUCAUCUUCAGACUGGAGGAACCUAACCCCUUCCUGGUGGUCGUAGUCCUCCUGGUCUCUUCUGGUCUCUUCAUGUUCACAUAUAAGUCCACUCAGUUCAACCUGGAGGGUUUCCUCAUGGUGCUCCUCGCCUCGUUCCUCGGUGGGAUCCGCUGGACCCUCACCCAGCUGCUCAUGCAGAAGGCUGAGCUGGGUCUGCAGAACCCCAUCGACGCCAUGUUCCACCUCCAGCCAAUCAUGUUCCUCGGUCUGUUCCCGCUCUUCCUCUACAACGAAGCGGUCCCCCUGAGCUCCUCACAGCUGUUCCGACAGAGCCAGCUGUCCUCCCCCUCCUCCCCGCUCGCCCCCCUCCUCUUCCUCACCCUGGGGGGGCUUCUGGCCUUUGGUCUUGGCUUCUCCGAGUUCCUGCUGGUGUCCAAGACCUCCAGCCUCACACUGUCCAUCUCCGGGAUCUUCAAGGAGCUGGUGACCCUGCUCCUGGCCUCUCACCUCCUCGGGGACUCUCUCUCUGCAGUGAACUGGCUCGGCUUCUGUGUCUGUGUCAGCGGCAUCUCUCUGCAUGUGGCCCUCAAGGUCUACUACAACAAAGGGAAAGUCUCCGUUCGAAGUCUCAACAGUCGAGGCUCAGAUAUGGAGCUUCCGCUGCUGCGGAGUGAGGAGGAGGAGGAGGGAGGAGGUGAAGAAGAGGAGCGAGUGUUUGGGAAUGCUCCACAGCCUCAGGUGAUGAAGAUGCAUCCUCUCUCCUCCUCUUCCUCACUGCUGCUGUGCUGUGCUCUGAUGAUGAUCUGCACUGGGGCUCAUGGGCAAGGGAGGCUGAAGCUGACGGUUCUCUCUGAGGAGCGUCUGCAGGUGAAGUGGAAGGAGCCUGAAGGUCCAGUCCAGGGGUACAAGGUCCGAGUGAAGACCAUCUCAGACGAGCCACAGCCGGAGCUCAUGCUGACCACCACCAGGGGGCGCGCCACUGUGGCCGGACUGGACGCCAAUCAAGAAUAUGUCCUUCAAGUGCUACUGCUCAACAGCACAGCGGAAAGACUAUUGGCAAAGAGACGCUUCUCCAUCUGGAGCCUGAAGCAGGACGAGCAGAGCCGCAGCACGCUGAGGAAGAGGCUGUUCUCUCUGGGAUCAGGAUCUGGAGAAACUGAGGAGACCGGGACCGAGUCUGGGACUGAGACUGAGUCUGAGACUGAGUUAGAGUCUGAGUCUGAGACCGAGUCCAGGACAGAGUCUGGUGCAGAGUUUGAGUCUGGGACCGAGCUUCCUCCUUUGAUCUACCGGCAGACCACAGAGACCGCCCCAAAGACCAUCCCCCCCUCAGGUCCUGCCCUGAGGCCGACCUCUGACCCCACAGAGCGACGCAAGAAGAAACAACGAGACCGAACGAAAAACCACAAACACGACAAGAAAGAUGAACAGGGGACUAAUGAGAGAGGGGGGACAAGGAAGAGCCCUGCCCCCUCAGGGCCCUCUGUGAGGAGGCCGUCCCGCUGUGACAGUGAAGCGGCCGCAGACCUCCUGCUCCUGGUGGACGGCUCCUGGAGCAUCGGACGCAACAACUUCAGACGAGUCCGAGACUUUAUCGAGAAUCUGGUCCUGCCCUUUACCAUAGGACCCCAGCACGUCCAGAUAGGUCUGACUCAGUACUCGUCGGAUCCCAGGACCGAAUGGAAACUCAACAACUUCACUGAGAAAGAGCAGCUUCUGGAGGCCACACGAGGAUUCAGAUACAAGGGAGGGAACACCUUCACUGGUCACGCCUUGCUUCACGUGUUGGAGCACAGCAUGACUCCUGCCUCUGGAGCGCGCUCAGAUGUGCCUUUGUUCCUUUUGCUUCUGACGGACGGGAAAUCUCAGGACGACGCCGUUUCAGCUGCCACCAAAGUCAAGAACCACGGAGCCGAGAUCAUCGCCGUGGGAGUGAAGAAUGCAGAUGAGGCAGAGCUGAGGCAGGUGGCGUCGGCUCCAGACGAUUUAAACGUCUAUAACGUGAACGACUUCCCGCUGCUCAGUAAACUGGUGUCUCGCCUCGUGCACCUCCUCUGCGGCCGCAUCCAGGAGAGGAGCCUCCGCAAGCGUAUGGAGCCGGAGCCGACGCCCACAGAGGCCCCUCCCUCAGACUCCGCCCCCAGACUCCUCCCCAGUCCCACAGACCUGCGCUUCUCUGAGCUCGAGUCCAGGAGCGUCCGGCUGCACUGGAACGGGCCCAGAGCCAACGAAGCUAACGAUGCUAACAAUGCUAACGAGGCUAGCAAUAAUAAUGAUGCUAACGAGGCUAAGGUGCAGCAGUACAGAGUGGUGUACCACAGCGCAGAGGGACAGAGCGCUCAGGAGGAGGUGGUCUCUGGCUCCGCCUCCUCCGUGCGGCUGCAGAGUCUGAGCGCCCACACCCUUUAUCACGUUUCCAUUUUCCCCAUCUACGACAGCGGCGUUGGAGCAGCGCUGAGAGGAACUGUGACCACACCUCCUCUGCAGACUCCCUCGGACCUCCUCGUCUCCCCUGUCUCGUAUGACUCCCUGAGGGUGAGGUGGGGGGAGGCGCUGGGGGCCUCUCAGUACAUGCUGCUCUACUCUGCACUGACCAAUGGGGAGCCAGAGGACGCUCAAGAGGAGAAGCUAAGCCCCGCCCUCACUCAGGUGACUCUGGAGAAUCUGCUGCCCUCUACUGACUACUCUGUGACACUGUACGCUCUGUACGACGACGAGCCGAGCGAGCCUCUGACGGCUACUGCCAGCACACUGGCCCUGCCUCCCCCUCUCUCCCUCUCCUUCCCCCUGGUCUCCCACAGUGGGGUCAGGAGGCCUGCUCCACUGCCUCCUCCUCCUCACCUCCUCCUCACCUCCUCCUCACCUCCUCCUCCUCACCUCCUCCUCACCUCCUCCUCCUCACCUCCUCCUCCUCACCUCCUCCUCACCCCCUCCUCACCUCCUCCUCCUCACCUCCUCCUCACCUCCUCCUCCUCACCUCCUCCUCCUCACCUCCUCCUCCUCACCUCCUCCUCCUCACCUCCUCCUCACCCCCUCCUCACCUCCUCCUCCUCACCUCCUCCUCACCUCCUCCUCACCUCCUCCUCCUCACCUCCUCCUCCUCACCUCCUCCUCCUCACCUCCUCCUCACCUCCUCCUCACCGUCCCCUCAUUCACCUUACCUACCCCUCCUCACCUCCUCCUCAACCCCUCCUCAACCCCUCCUCACCUCCUCCUCACCCCCUCCUCACCUCCUCCUCACCGUCCCCUCCUCCCCUCAUUCACCUUACCUACCCCUCCUCACCUCCUCCUCAACCCCUCCUCACCUCCUCCUCACCCCCUCCUCACCUCCUCCUCACCGUCCCCUCAUUCACCUUACCUACCCCUCCUCACCUCCUCCUCACCCCCUCCUCACCUCCUCCUCCUCACCUCCUCCUCACCCCCUCCUCACCUCCUCCUCCUCACCUCCUCCUCACCACUUCCUCAACCCCUCCUCACCUCCUCCUCAACCCCUCCUCAACCCCUCCUCACCUCCUCCUCACCUCCUCCUCACCUCCUCCUCACCCCCUCCUCGCCUCCUCCUCACCUCCUCCUCACCCCCUCCUCACCGUCUCCUCCUCACCCCCUCCUCACCCCCUCCUCACCCCCUCCUCACCGUCUCCUCCUCCCCUCAUUCACCUUACCUCCCCCUCCUCACCUCCUCCUCACCCCCUCCUCACCUCCUCCUCCUCACCUCCUCCUCACCUCCUCCUUACCCCCUCCUCGCCUCCUCCUCACCUCCUCCUCACCCCCUCCUCACCGUCUCCUCCUCCCCUCGUUCACCUUACCUCCCCCUCCUCACCUCCUCCUCACCCCCUCCUCACCUCCUCCUCACCUCCUCCUCACCCCCUCCUCGCCUCCUCCUCACCUCCUCCUCACCCCCUCCUGACCGUCCCCUCCUCCCCUCAUUCACCUUACCUUCCCCUCCUCACCACUUCCUCAACCCCUCCUCACCUCCUCCUCAACCCCUCCUCAACCCCUCCUCACCUCCUCCUCACCUCCUCCUCACCUCCUCCUCACCCCCUCCUCACCACUUCCUCAACCCCUCCUCACCUCCCCCUCACCCCCUCCUCACCUCCUCCUCACCCCCUCCUCACCGUCUCCUCCUCCCCUCAUUCACCUUACCUCCCCCUCCUCACCUCCUCAUCCUCCUCACCCUCUCCUCUUCUCCACCACCUCCUCUUCACCAACUCUUUCUCUUCACCUCAACAUCGUCUCCUUUUUACCUCCUCUCCUCCUCCUCUACUCCUCUUUCUCCUCAUGUCAUCAUCACCUCCUUCUUACCUCCUCUCUUUCUCCGCCUACCUCUCCUCCUCCUCACCACCUCCUGCUCCUCUUCAGGUGGAGGUCUCGGGUCUGAACUCGGUCCUGGUCCAGAGUCUGUCGUCUUUGUCCAGAUAUCACGUCUCGGUUCAAUCACUGUUUCCUCAAGGAGCUUCAGCAGCAGUGAGCGGGAACAUCACCACACUGAAGGUCCCCUCCCCCUCGGAGCUGCAGGUCACUAACUUCUCGUCGGGGGCCCUCAGGGUCCAGUGGGCGGCGGCUGCAGACGAUGUGGAGUCCUACCUCAUCAAGUGGAUCAGCCUGAGCGGAGGAGAGCUAUCACAGCUCUCCGUGGCCCAGACGGAGGCAGAGCUUCAGGGGGCGGAGGACGACUGUGAAUACCAGAUUUCACUGUCGGCUCUUUACAGCGACGGAGCUCAGAGCGACGCAGUGACCAUCCGCUACAGCACCAGAGAGAGGAGGAGACAAGGAGAGGAGGAGACAAGGAGAGAGGAGAGAAAACAAGGAGUCAACAAGGAGGAGACAAGGAGAGAGGAGAGAAAACAAGGAGAGAGGAGAGGUGACAAGGAGAGAGGAGGAGACAAGGAGAGAGGAGGAGACAAGGAGAGAGGAGGAGACAAGGAGAGAGGAGGAGACAAGGAGAGAGGAGGAGACAAGGAGAGAGAGAGACAAGGAGAGAGGAGAGGGACAAGGAGAGAGGAGGAGACAAGGAGAGAGGAGGAGGACAAGGAGAGAGGAGGAGACAAGGAGAGAGGAGAGGUGACAAGGAGAGAGGAGAGAGACAGAGAGAGAGAGGAGAGGAGGAGACAAGGAGAGAGGAGACAAGGAGAGAGGAGAGGUGACAAGGAGAGAGGAGGAGACAUGGAGAGAGGAGAGGUGACAAGGAGAGGAGCGGAGACAAGGAGAGAGGAGGAGACAAGGAGAGAGGAGAGGUGA